AUGUCUGGGUACUAUGGGCCAUCUUUUUACAACAAAUCCUCGAGACCUACCUCAUUAGCAGCAUCAAGGGCAAACUCGUCAUACAGAGUAGCUCGCAGCGCGCCAGUCACACCUCGAAAUGGCUCUGUCGUCACACCCCGAAAUGGUUCCAUUGCUGCCACGAUAGGUGGCACAACCGCCGCGCAAACCGCUGCCAACACUGCCGCAAACACUGGCCCUACAACACCUGCCUUGCUCUCUAGAGUGAACAGUAAACUCGAGAACGAUGCCGACUCCGAGCCCGCACUCUUCAACGAAGAGAUUCAGCGUAACGAGAAGGGCGAAUACAUGAUUGGAAGGAUCGCUGGUGGGAAACAUCUUACCGAUGAUGUUGAAGACAUUGAUCCGGCUUGUGGUGAGAUCAAGAAGGUAGACUGCGAUAUGCCUCUCACAUUGACUGAGUUGGUCAACCACGAGGGCAAGGAGUACAUCGUCCUGACCUUUGCUACCGGCGAUAAGGAGAACCCUUUCAACUGGAACCCGUGGUACAAGCGCAGUGUCACCACGCUUCUGAAUCUGAUGACAUUGUUCAUCGGUCUUGCCACAACAGCAUACAGCUCAGGCAUCGGCAGCAUGUGCGAAGAGUUUGGUGUCGACAAUAUCUAUGGCCAGCUUGGAUUGUUCACCUUCAACAUCUCUUGUGCCAUCGCACCCAUGGUACUGGCUCCUUUCUGCGAACUUGUUGGUCGUAAGAUCGUGUAUGCCAGUGCCUUUUUGUGCUUCUCGCUCCUCUUCAUCGGUCUCGCCCUGGCAAAGGACAUCGCCACCAUCAUCGGUCUCCGCCUGCUACUCGGUCUCUUUGGAUGCGUAGGUACCAUCCUCGUCGGCGGUACCUUUGACGACAUGUACGAACCUCAUAAGCGCGGCCGACCCAUGGCCAUGUUCAGUUUCGUCGCAAUCUUCGGUACAGUCGCCGCGCCCAUCUACGCUGGUUUCAUCGACCAGUCGCUCGGCUGGCGCUGGAUCGAGGGAAUUCAAGGCCUAGCCAACGUUCCCUUGUUGAUCCUCAUCUUCUUCUAUUUUCCGGAGACUCGCGGUGGUGCUAGGCUACAUAAGCGCGCAAAGCAACUCCAAAAGGCAACAGGAGAUGACCGCUACGUUGCUGAGGACGACAUUUACACACCCGACGUCAAAUCCAUGCUCAAAGCCUCUUCCGUAAAGGCGAUCCGCAUGCUCGUUACCGAACCCGUCGUUUUCGCCUUUGGUCUCUGGAUCGCCUUCUGCUGGGCUGUAGUCUUCCUCUUCCUCUCUGUCAUUUCCAUCACCUUCACCGAGAAGCGUGGUUGGAAUGAAGGUGUCAGCGGUCUGCCCUACAUCUCCCUGGCUGUUGGCACAUUCUUGGGCUGGGCUGCUCACCAUUUCCAAAUGAACAAGUUCAACAAGCUACAGGCAGACCCCAAUGUCCGCGUAGUUCCCGAACAUCGUCUCUACGGAGCUAUGUUUGGCGCUGUCUGGCUUCCUGUCGGCCUCUUCAUCUACUCCUUCACACAAUACGGAUACUUGUCCUGGGUCGGGCCGGUCAUUGGUCUUGCACCCAUCGCAUUCGGUAUCUUCUUCGUCUUCGAAAGCACAUACUCGUACACUGCCGACUGCUAUGGCGAGACGUCUUCUUCGGCGAUUGCAGGUCAAGGCUUGAUGAGGAACACGCUGGGCGCCGUGACGCCGCUUUUCGCGAAUGCAUUCUUCCAUAACGUGGGGAGUCAGUAUGCGGGAUUGAUCCUAGCAAUGUUUGGCACGGUGUUGAGUUUGAUUCCUUUUGUCAUGUUCAAGUAUGGCCAUUUGCUGCGUGCGAGAUCUAAGUUGGCGAAAGAGUAUUAA